CACACUGCAGAGGAUCAUGAAAGCUCUCCUGACCAUAGCCAUCAUCACUAUAACUCUUGGUUUCCUGGCUGCUCAGGACCAGGAACGGGAAAAGCGAAGUGUGGACAGUGGAAGUUAUGAACUGUUGCCACGGUUUUAUAGGAACCGUUAUCAGUAUCCAUUUGGCCUCUACCAACCUUUUGCCUAUCCCAGAUAUCGAUGGCCAAUAUAUUAUAUCAUUCCAGGGCCAGCUCCAGCAGCACCUGCUCUUUCUAAUAAAUAAUAAGUCAAAUGAAAAA